AGCAGUUAAUUGAGUAGCGUGGCUGGAGAACAACGCGUGGCUGGAGGAACAAUUGAAAAAUGGAUAAGAUAAUAAAACAAAAAAAUGAUCAAAUUAUGAAGCUGCCGGCCCAAUUAUUGGAACAACACAUAUUAGAUAACAGCAAAGCUAAGGAUGCUCAAAUUUUGAGUCUUCAAGCUCAGCUAGGGGAAAAGAACAAAUUGGAAUGGAACAGUUUCCAAACAGUGAAGGAGGUUUUUCAAAACUCAUCUCUAACUGAAUGUGAGGAUGAGUUGGCAUUAGGUGAACACAGCCAGUUAUUCAGUCCACCACAUGACAGUGUGUUAAAUUUAAAUUCUGUUAGUGCUGCACUAAAAGAAUCGUUAGUAAUAAGCUCAUGCAGUGAAGGAACUGAACAAUUGUGGGAACGUAUUUGGGCCGAAAAUGGGUGUGGUACAGAAACCCAGAAAUGGCACAAGUUCAACAUGAAACAUGGAUUAGAUUUUAACGGGGGAUCAAAUCAAGUCUGGAAGUGUUACAGGAUGGAAGAGUGAGCCUACAGAUGAAAAAACACUGAGAGUGCAUUACCGUAAGGUGUGAGGUAAAUUAAUAGAGUAAUGCAAAUUGCCUAAUGAGAAGUACCAUCUUGUGUUAAUGAAUCCAGUACAACAGCAAUCCUUUAUAGUUCUGUCACAGCUAGAAGCCUCAAAUAAUUCUGCUUCUCUGUCUAAAGAACAACUUGUCCUUUAUGUUCAGAGUGUUGGGGAAACUGGGUAUUUAAAUGGCCCUAAAGAUGUUUUAAUUUUGCUGCUAUUGCAGAGAUGAACAUCAUACAUGGACUCUUUAGGUCUUAUCUACCAAAAAAAAUUUUAUCCAAUAGGAAAGGAUUUUCAUGUACUGGGAAAACAACUAUCAACAAUGCAACAUUCUACAGGUGCUAGUUUAUCAUUCAAGAGCCUUAUACAAUGAAGUUAAUCUGCAAUUUGUAUGUCCUUUCCCAAGCUUCCACCAGAAGUUGAAUCUAUGAGUCAUGUAAGUUCCAUGAUCAACAAUUGAUGUGUUUAACGGUGUUGUUUUUCUUUUCUCAAUAUAGGUUAAUAGUAACAUUGGAUCUGAAAAGAUUCUUGGUUGGGGCAAGACACUGAAUAAAUUGUAUUGAUUGGAUGGAUGACAUGACAUUGCUAUACUUAAUUCGGAUUCCCCAGACGGUAUUUGAUAUUUAAAAAAUUGAAGUGCAUAUCUGGGCUCCCUUCUUUUCUGAAGCCCCGUUUCCCCUUGACUCAUAAUAAGCCCGUAGGGGGUCAUGCCCCUACUGUACGGUAUAUAUAAAAACAACAUAUACCGAGGUUUGGAGGGCUCUGGCCGGAAAGGGGACGUGGGGUGCCGCGUCGUCCGAUGAUGUGUUCACGGAGGGUGAUGUGGCUGCCCACAAAUCCGAACUAAAGGUUAAUCGCUCCUGUAAAAAUGUUCCAAAUCUUCAGCUCUUCUUCCGGCUUCUCUUAGCCAAUCACCGGGUAAUCUCCCCGGUGGGUCAACAAGGCAGUGUCUCCCCCUGCCUGGGUUGACGGCAACUUUUGAAAGGGCUAUUGUGCCUUUUUAAAGUUGCAAACAUAAUUGUAAU